CUGUCAGACACACACACUCAGCUACUGUUGUCUCGUUGAGUCUUUUCACAGAGAUUGUUCUUAGUGAAAUCUACUGACAAACUCACAUCAAGAUGGGGAACAUGCAUUGCGAGCUUGAGGACGUAGCCCAACUGGCCUCUGUUGCUCGGGGCAUCUGCCCUUACCCAAACUACAACCCCAGUCCUCUUUUCGGGAAAAUGAUGUCCACCAACUCUUCACUUCAUUUGAGGGACCACUACAGGACAGUGCAGUCCUCCCUGACCCCGAAGCAGCUGGAGGACUUCACCCAGGGCCUGAAGACCACUUUUGGCAGGGAGGGCAAGGUCACUCUUGGUGGGGUGGGGGUAGUGGCCCUGUCCCUGGCUGUGCUGUUUGACACUCUUGCCAGACAGGCCAGGGGAGAGUGGGUGUCAGACUCAGGGCCCAUUCCAGGUUUAUUUGUCAAAGACCCCCUGAGAGGGUACUACCCACCGCAUGUCUACACCGCCAGUGAAUACCUGAGGCUGGUACCCCACAUUGCAAACAACCCCACCAGGAUGAGAGAGGAGACAGAGAGGUACCUCAAGCAAUUACAUGUCGAUUUCCAAUCUUUGGACAAAUUGCUGGAAAAUAAUCACACGCUACCGAUAAAGGACGACAACAUAGUAGUCAAUAUUAUCCUGGGAGGAGCUUUUGCACAAGAUUUGAUGCAUCAUGUCUCCCGCAUGAACUCUACCACUGAUGUGAGGGCAGUUGAGACUUUUACCUGGUUGAUUUCAGCAUUUCAGCGAACGCCACCAGCUGAUGUGAUCUUUAAUCUCAAUUGUGACCCAGAGGAGGCUAACAAAGAUUUUUUGGCAGAAGUGCAACAAUCUGAAAACCGCACCCAAGAAGCUUUUAAGAGCUGCAAGUCAAAAGAAGUAGGAAAGUCAUGGCUGCUCUUUGUAGCCUACCUUGAAUGGCAAUAUGCCAUGUUCAGCAUGUCGCGUGCAGUUGGAGAAGUCAGCCGUACUACAAAGAUGAAUCAAAGGGAAGAUUUUGAUCUGAAGGCCGAUGCACUUGGAAAAUGGGCAGAGUAGUUCACUGGCCAAUUUCCCAAAUACAGCUAAGAAGAAAGGUACUUUAUCUUUAUGUUCAAAAGAAGACAGGUGAUCUGAUGUGGUGUUCUUUUUUUCUUACUUGCUUAAUAGUUAUUUUACCCUUUGAGGCCAUUUUGUGUUUUGAAAGUUGCUUACUAUCUGGGUGUCAUUUGGACUUAUCAGUGAUUGUAAAAAUCGAGAAUAACUGAAAUACUGAAAUGACUUCAGAUCUGAAAAGAAAAGCCAAUUCAUGGUAGAAAUAUCAGACAUUUACUUUGGAAUAUCUCUAAAUUGAUAAAGUAAAAAUGCUUGAUUUUGUGUCUGUAUGUAGUCAGAUAUGUCUUCAACUCAAAUGUGUCAGUUAUUGACUGUUUUUUCCAGCAACCAAAAAUCUAAGAAUAAAGACCUUUCUUCACA